AUGUUAUCAGAAAAGGCCCGAAAAUUUAUCGAAGAAAAUGUAAAACUAAUGAAGCCAAAUGCAGUGCAUAUUUGUGACGGUUCAAAAGAGGAAGCUGAUGAGCUUAUUUGUCAAAUGGUCGGCAACGGAAUGUUGAAGCAACUAAAUGCUUAUGAGAAUAACUAUAUUUGUAGGACAGAUCCAAGGGAUGUAGCACGCGUAGAAAGUAAAACCUGGAUGAUUACACCUGAAAAAUUUGAUUCGGUAUGCCGUACAGCUGAGGGUGUGAAACCGAUAAUGGGUAAUUGGAUGUCACCGGAGCAGUUCGAAAAAGAGAAACAUUCACGGUUUCCCGGAUGCAUGAACGGUCGAACAAUGUAUGUAAUUCCGUUCUCGAUGGGCCCAGUUGGUGGACCAAUUUCAAAAAUUGGAAUUCAGGUGACCGAUUCCAGCUAUGUGGUGCUUUGUAUGCGUAUCAUGACCCGAGUUACUCCAAAAGUAUGGGAGACACUUGGCAAUAAUGAUUUUGUGAAAUGCAUUCAUUCCGUUGGCGCACCCGAACCUUUAAAACGUAUGUUUUUUGAUUGUAUUAUGCACACAUAUAGGUUGAAUUACGGUUCAAAUUUUUCAUUCAGACUUAUUGUAAAUACCCGUUAUUAUGUUAUUUUGAAAUUUUAUAAAUACGGCCUGCUACUUGCCGAACUUCAAAAUAUGCCUCUGUGA